AUGUUAUGGCUAAGUGAGCAACAGAAAUUCGGAGCAUUCUUCACAGCUGCUGGUGUGGUAUUGUUCACCCUUGGGGUGAUGUUUUUUUUUGAUUCUGGUCUUCUUGCUAUGGGUAAUGUGUCAUUUCUUAUUGGUGUGACAUUGUUGAUUGGUCCUCAAAAGGCUUUGGGAUAUUUUAUGAGACCAACAAAGAUAAGAGGCACCAUCUGCUUUGCCAUUGGAAUUUUUAUGAUUUUCAUGAAACAUGCUUUCAUUGGGUUUGCCAUAGAGUGUUUUGGUAUCUUGUUUUUAUUUGGCGAUGUUUUGAACAUAAUUGUGACAUUUUUAAGAAGCAUGCCAGUGAUCGGCCCAAUCUUGUCACAUCCAAGCGUCGCUCCAUUUAUUGAUAAAAUUGCCAAUGUCAAUGUUUUGCCUGUGUGA